AUGUCCCGGGAACCUAGGACAUACAUUCUUUUCCUGUUCCUUUUUCUGAGCCAUGGAAUGGCAAGUCAUAGAGUUCCAGAUUCCAGGCAGGAUUUGUAUCCCCUGUUGCAAAAAAUGGCGGAAGAAAUAAUAGAUGGAAGCUAUCUGAAUGCCUUACUGGAUCUCAUACAGUUUCAAAGCUCCCAUGGGUGGACAGCGGACCUGUCCCACAGAGUCCUGGAGUAUCUGAAUUCACGGAACGUUGCCUUCACCAUCCCCAGCCUGCAGGCAGCCAUGGAAAACCACCUGGAGCAGCGUCUGUACCAGCCCCAGAAGCUGCUGGAGGACCUGAAGGAAACAGAUGCUCAGCAGUUCCGCACCGCCAUGAAAUGCCUCUUGGAAGACAAGAAGGACCGCCUGGAGCUGGAGGAUGUCGUUAUUGACUUGGGAGAGAUUCGGAAACAAGCCUUGCAGAGCCCUGGCGUGAACCGCAGCCUAUUUCUCGUCACACUGGAGAGGUGUUUCCAGGUGCUGAACUCCCUGGAGUGUGUGGAGAUCCUGGGCAGGGUACUGAAGGGCUCCUCAGGCAGCUUUCUCCAGCCAGACAUCCCAGGGAAGCUCCCCCGGCACCUGCAAGAGGAUGCUUUCAAGAACCUAUCUGCGGUGUUCAGAGAUCUCUACGACCAAACCUCGGCUCAUUCCCAGAGAGCUCUCUACACCUGGAUGACUGGGAUUUUGCAGACAUCCUCCAAUGCUACUGAUGACUCUGUUUCAUGGGUCAGUGCAGAAAACUUAUGGAUUUUGGGCAGAUAUAUGGUUCACCUAUCAUUUGAAGAAAUUACGAAAAUUAGUCCUGUAGAAAUUGGGCUGUUUAUCAGCUAUGACAAUGCCACCAAGCAGCUGGACACAGUUUAUGACAUCACCCCUGACCUGGCCCAGGCGUUUCUGGAGAGGAUCAGCUCCUCCAGCUUUGACAUGAGGAAUACCUCCACCAUCCACAGGCUGGGGCUGCUGGUCUGUUUCUACCAUGACCUGGAUUUGCUGGAUGCCGCAGUGGCUCAAGUCCUCCUUCACCAGAUGAUCAAGUGCAGCCAUCUGAGGGGCUUCCAGGCUGGGGUUCAGAAGCUCAAAGCCAACCUCCUGGACAUUGCCACGGAGAACCAGACCCUCAAUGAGACUCUGGGCUCUUUGUCGGAUGCGGUUGUGGGCUUGACCCACAGUCAGCUGGAAUCCCUCUCUCCCGAGGCUGUGCAUGGCGCCAUCUCAACUCUCAACCAGGUCUCAGGCUGGGCCAAGAGCCAGGUCAUCAUCUUGUCUGCCAAAUACUUGGCCCAUGAGAAGGUGCUGUCUUUCUACAACGUCAGCCAGAUGGGCGUGCUGCUGGCUGGGGUUGGCACCCAGGCCUUCUACAGCAUGGAUCGCAGGGACCUCUUGCAGGUCCUGAGAAGCACGAUCUCCCUGCAUGUGUCUGACUUGUCACCUGCCCAGCAGCAAGGCGUCCUCAGCAAGAUGAUUGAAGCAGGAGACACUGUCUCAGGCAUUGUGGAAAUACAGGGGGCUUUCUUUAAAGAAGUAUCUCUCUUCAAUUUACGGAGGGAACCCGGAUUUAACACAACAGUCCUAAAGGAAAAGGAACUUCGGAGGAGUCAGGCCUUGUUCCUGUUUGAGCUUCUGUCAAAGACAACCAGAAGGCCUGAGGAGCUGCUGAGAACUGCUUUAAUCUUUCAGGUUAAUUGUUUGGCGUGGAAAUACUGGGAGGUCUCCAGAUCCUCUCUGCCGCCCUUCCUCUUGGCUGCCCUCCCGGCUCACUACCUGGCUUCUGUCCCAGCUUCCCAGUGUGUGCCCUUUCUGAUCAGCCUGGGGAAGAGUCGGUUGGACUCCUUGGUUUUAGAUACCCACAAGAAGAAUUCAGUCCUUAGGAAGGUACAGCAGUGCCUGAACAACUCCAUUGCCGACGAGUUCAUGGUAGACAUCGUGGGAGACCUGCUCUGCCACUUGCCGGCAGCCACCAUCCACCACGGGGUCUCCCCCCGGGCCUGGGCCACAGCCCUGCAUAGACUCCAAGACUGCCCGCACCUCAGCCCGGAGCAGAAGGCUGCAGUGAGGCUCAGGCUCCUGGAACAGCAGGGACUCCCUGGGAACUGGACAGCUGAGACUACGAAGGACUUGGGACCCUUUCUAGUACUUUUCUCAGGAGAUGAAUUAAGCUCUAUUGCCACAAAGUUUCCUGAUAUCCUUCAACAAGCAGCUUCCAAGAUGGCCGGGACUUUGCUCCCCAAAGAAUUCCUCUGGGCUGUCUUUGAAUCUGUCCGGAACAGCAGUGAGAAGAGCCUCAGCUCUGACCCCAGCCCUGGUUGCCAUGGAGUCGUGGCUCCUUCCUCUGGUGACAUCUUCACGCUGGCUGAAGCCAAUGCCUGCUGGGCCCCCGAGGACCUGCUCUGCAUGGAGGAGCACACGUUCAUCAGGAACGUGGAACUUCUGGGGGCUGUCAGGGGUUUCGACCAACCUCAGCUGAUGACCCUGAAGGAGAAGGCAGUACAGUUUUGGGACAUGCCUUCUUACUGGAAAGAGUACCAUAUUGUCUCCCUGGGGCGCAUUGCUCUGGCUCUUAAUGAGAGUGAGCUGGAGCAGCUGGAUCUCAGCUCCAUUGACACUGUGGCUUCCCUCAGCCAGCAGACAGAAUGGACCCCAGGACAGGCUAAAUCCAUUCUGCAAGGAUUCCUGGAGGAUGCAGGCUAUCGUAUCCAGGAUCUGAAGAGUUUCCACUUAGUAGGACUUGGUACAACCUUGUGUGCUAUGAACAUCACUGAAGUCUCACUUAUAAAAAUCUCAGAAUUCAGGGUGGUCGUGGCCAGAAUCGGAACCCUGCUCUGCAGCACCCAUGUCUUGGCUGAGUUUAAGAGGAAGGCAGAAGUUGUAUUUGGGGAUCCCGCCAAGUGGUCCGGCCCUGUCUUGCAGGAGCUCGGGACCAUUGCAGGAGCCCCCAGCGCCUGGGGUCUUUGGCUCUGCUGUCCUUUGCUGGUUCUUAUGGCCGAGACCGUGUGGUGA